UACGCCACUGGAACAAGGUGUCAAGAAUUGUGACAGAACACUCUUCUCAUAAGGAAGAGGCAAGAGAAAUCAUUCUAAAGACAAAAAUUAGUUAUGGAAAAAUCUGUGAAUUGGAUGGUUAUGCUACAGGAUAUGGAGCACCAUCUCGGGUUUUUAUUGCAUCAAUGUCGUUUGAAGUGGCAAUUGGAGAUAAUGAUACUUGGAAUAAAUGA